AUGGGCUACGCCCAGGUGCUGAGCGAGCAGGAGGAGCGCGACAGACGCGAGGAGAGUCAGGAGCCGGAGGACAACACCGACGACGCCACAUAUUCCAGCACUGAGCCGGACAGCCCGACCCUCCCCACGCUGAAGCCGGCGUGCAACUCGCACUGGAGCGUUGUAUGCGUCGAUCCGCUGAUCAGGGUCUUCCCUCGCAUGACCAAGUGCAUUUUCCGCAAGUACGGGGCGUCCAGCAACAUCGAAGUGCUGGACGUUCUUUGCAUUUUGCCUCUGAACAUCGUCAACGAGAAGCUAUACCUCUUCUUGUGGUUCUGGUUCCUGAUCCUGGCGGGGCUGACGAUGCUGAACACCAUGAUGCGGCUGCUGCUGAUGAUCAGUCCGCGCCUGCGAGCGUUCUUCCUGCAGGUUCGGCUCCGGUUCGUCAGCAGGGACGCCAUCAGUGUCAUCAUUCGGCGCUCGCGCAUCGGCGACUGGUUCCUGCUCUACAUGCUCGGCCAGAACAUGGACCCGGUCAUAUUCAGCGAAGUCAUGUCCGACCUGGCCAGGCGGCUGGGCCACAAGGGCAAGGACUACUCGGAGGCCUGAGAGCACGACGGCCGUGGCGUCCAGGCUUGGAUUUGAGGGGCGUGCCAGGUGGCGGGCGGCCGCUCCCUGGGACUCUGGCUCACGGCCGUCCGCUCGACCGCCACGUCCUGACCCGGUACACAGCGUCGGGCCUCCCGCCGGCCCGCCUCCUGUGGACCAGACUGCCACCCGACCGUCUACCGCGUUUGAUUCCCGAAGAGGUGUUUUUCUUUGGAUCCGUUCCAGUUUCCGAUGUGGUUUGUUGUUCUCGGUGCUUUUGUACGCUAGACUUGUUCGUACCUCGCCGUGUUGGUGAGCUGGUUACCCAAAGUGAGCGAAACAGUGCCGUGAUUUUUCUGUUGCGCUUUAAAGCGGACUGAUUGCAAGGCUUCUCCUCAAUUUCUUGUAUGCAUUGCUGGAGUUUUUCUUCGGGGAACACCUGUUGCUUUAGUGCUAUUAGCAAGGUGUAAAGCUGCUACGCACCUUAGUAACUAGAAGUGCUCCUGUCUGAGUGCCUUCCACUUGCAGUACCAGACAUCUUGCCAACGGUCAUCCCUCGCAUGCUGGAGGCAUGCUGGGCAUGUUUUCGUAUGAUAUGUCUAAUCACAUUACUUUCUGCGCGCAUCGUGCGCAUUCAUGUGAGCUCUCAAGUGCUGAUAAACCUGAUUGUGAAAUGACGACAUGCAGUCGUCUGUAGAGGUAGAAU